CCGCGACGGGUUCUCCACAGCUCUCAGCCACCCCCCAAAAGAUAGAAAGGGAGACAAGCAGCAGAUGAGAACCUGCAGCAGAUAGAAGGGAAAAGAAGAGCUCAGGGUUGGACAUUUUGGGAUCUAGGGGUGGGGAGGAGAAAGGGAGCGCGCCUCCUUGAUUUUUUCCCCUCCCCACCCCUCUUAUGCUUUUCUCUCCCCUUGUCUGGUAUAGGGUUUUCCAAGCAGCAGCAGUAGGGGACAGAAACCUUUAGUCUAGGAAAAGGGGUUUGGAAAGGUGGCCAGAGCUCCCAUCAGCUACCUAGCUUGAGGGCGCCUGUGUGAAUGCGGUUCUUCCCCACACACCCCUCCACACACACUCCUCUUCCUACCAGAGUGUCUGCUAUCCUCAAUUUCCCGGUGUCGGCUUUGGCUUCUUCCCCCUUGCUCUUAUUGUUUGUGGCUUGCUGCGUGAAGGGGUGCGUGUGUUUGAAGGGGCUCAGGUUGAGAGAGCGAGAGCGCUGAGGGGGGGACAAGUGAGAGAGAAGAGAGAGAGAGAGAGAGAGAGCCCAGCCCGGCAGGAGCACACCAGUCGGUCGAGCGAAGAGAAGAGUUUCGGGCACUGGCAGAGGCAAAAGGUGAGGUCUGGCCAGUCAGAGGGAAGUUUGGCAGUAACUGAAGAGCAAAGAAGGAAGCCCAGGUAGGAGUCAGUCCUUGGGCUCCUCUCAGCAUCCUGAUUCCUUCGCCUGUACUCAACCACCCACUCACUCGGCAGCCUCCAGGCCCGGGACUGUCCCAGGCGGCUGCCGCUUGCGCGCCGCGGAAGAGGAGUCCAGUAAGGUUGCCUGCCGCACCACGCGCCCAGGUGCACGGACUCCAGACAGCACAAAUCUGAAAAAAACACACUUGGCCUGGUUUUCUAAAUUGUUAUGAACCAUGGCCCAGCUGUACUACAAGAAGGUCAAUUACUCACCAUACAGAGAUCGCAUCCCCCUUCAAAUCGUGAGGGCUGAGACUGAGCUGUCUGCUGAGGAGAAGGCCUUCCUUAGUGCUGUGGAGAAGGGGGACUAUGCCACGGUGAAGCAGGCACUGCAGGAGGCCGAGAUCUACUACAAUGUCAACAUCAACUGCAUGGAUCCUUUGGGCAGGAGCGCCCUGCUCAUUGCCAUUGAGAAUGAGAACUUGGAGAUCAUGGAGCUACUGCUGAACCACAGUGUGUAUGUGGGCGAUGCAUUACUCUAUGCCAUCCGCAAGGAGGUGGUAGGAGCUGUAGAACUUCUGCUUAGCUACAGGAAGCCCAGCGGGGAGAAGCAGGUUCCCACGCUGAUGAUGGACACCCAGUUCUCCGAGUUCACACCAGACAUCACUCCCAUUAUGUUGGCAGCCCACACCAACAACUAUGAAAUCAUCAAAUUGCUUGUCCAAAAGCGGGUCACUAUCCCAAGGCCCCACCAGAUCCGCUGCAACUGUGUGGAGUGUGUAUCCAGUUCGGAGGUAGACAGUCUGCGUCAUUCUAGGUCCCGACUGAAUAUAUACAAAGCUCUGGCAAGCCCCUCGCUCAUUGCCUUAUCAAGCGAGGACCCCAUCCUCACGGCCUUCCGGCUGGGCUGGGAACUCAAGGAGCUGAGCAAAGUGGAAAAUGAGUUCAAGGCUGAGUACGAGGAGCUUUCCCAGCAAUGUAAGCUCUUUGCCAAGGACCUGCUGGACCAAGCUCGGAGCUCCCGAGAACUGGAGAUCAUCCUCAACCAUCGAGAUGACCACAGUGAAGAACUCGACCCACAGAAGUAUCAUGACCUGGCCAAGCUGAAGGUGGCAAUCAAAUAUCACCAGAAAGAGUUUGUCGCUCAGCCAAACUGCCAACAAUUGCUGGCCACCUUGUGGUACGAUGGCUUCCCUGGAUGGCGGAGAAAACACUGGGUAGUCAAGCUUCUGACCUGCAUGACCAUUGGAUUUCUGUUUCCGAUGCUGUCCAUAGCCUAUCUGAUCUCACCCAGAAGCAACCUUGGGCUUUUCAUCAAGAAACCCUUUAUCAAGUUCAUCUGCCACACAGCAUCCUAUCUGACUUUCCUCUUCAUGCUUCUCCUGGCUUCUCAACACAUCGUCAGAACAGACCUCCAUGUUCAAGGACCUCCCCCAACCGUUGUGGAAUGGAUGAUACUGCCUUGGGUUCUAGGUUUCAUUUGGGGGGAAAUAAAGGAAAUGUGGGAUGGUGGAUUCACGGAAUACAUCCAUGAUUGGUGGAACCUGAUGGAUUUUGCAAUGAACUCCCUCUACCUGGCAACUAUUUCCUUGAAGAUCGUGGCCUAUGUCAAGUAUAAUGGUUCUCGUCCAAGGGAAGAAUGGGAAAUGUGGCACCCGACUCUGAUUGCAGAAGCACUCUUCGCAAUAUCCAACAUUUUAAGUUCCUUGCGUCUCAUAUCCUUGUUCACAGCCAACUCCCAUUUAGGGCCUCUGCAGAUCUCUUUGGGACGAAUGCUGCUUGAUAUACUCAAAUUUCUCUUUAUCUACUGCCUAGUACUACUGGCUUUUGCCAAUGGACUGAACCAGCUUUACUUUUACUAUGAGACCAGAGCUAUUGAUGAACCUAACAACUGCAAGGGGAUCCGAUGUGAAAAACAGAACAACGCCUUCUCCACGCUCUUUGAAACCCUUCAGUCGCUCUUCUGGUCUGUCUUUGGCCUCCUAAAUCUCUAUGUUACCAAUGUGAAGGCCCGACAUGAGUUCACCGAGUUUGUGGGAGCUACGAUGUUUGGGACAUACAACGUCAUCUCCCUGGUAGUGCUGCUGAACAUGCUCAUCGCCAUGAUGAACAACUCCUACCAGCUCAUUGCCGAUCAUGCUGAUAUUGAGUGGAAGUUUGCAAGAACAAAGCUCUGGAUGAGUUACUUUGAUGAAGGUGGCACCUUACCGCCUCCUUUCAACAUUAUCCCCAGCCCCAAGUCAUUUCUCUAUCUUGGCAACUGGUUCAACAACACCUUCUGUCCCAAAAGAGACCCCGAUGGAAGACGAAGAAGGCACAACUUGAGAAGUUUCACAGAACGUCACGCUGACAGCCUGAUACAAAAUCAACAUUAUCAGGAAGUUAUCAGAAAUUUAGUCAAGAGAUACGUGGCUGCAAUGAUAAGAAACUCAAAAACAAAUGAGGGGCUAACUGAAGAGAAUUUUAAGGAAUUAAAGCAGGACAUUUCCAGCUUUCGAUAUGAAGUGCUUGACCUCUUGGGAAAUAGGAAACAUCCAAGAAGAAGCUUCUCCACUAGCAGCGCUGAUUUCUCUCAAAGGGAUGAUACCAAUGACGGCAGUGGUGGGGCUCGGGCCAAAUCUAAGAGUGUCUCUUUCAAUGUAGGCUGCAAGAAAAAGGCCUGCCACGGUGCACCUCUCAUCAGAACCGUGCCAAGAGCUAGUGGCGCCCAAGGAAAACCAAAAGCCGAGUCAUCAAGCAAACGGUCCUUCAUGGGUCCCUCUUUCAAGAAACUGGGUCUCUUCUUCUCCAAGUUCAAUGGUCAGACAUCUGAACCUACUUCGGAGCCAAUGUACACAAUCUCUGAUGGCAUUGCACAGCAGCAUUACAUGUGGCAGGACAUCCGAUAUUCUCAGAUGGAGAAAGGGAAGGCAGAGGCCUGUUCUCAAAGUGAGAUGAACCUCAGCGAGGUAGAGCUAGGUGAAAUCCGGGGGGCUGCUGCUCGGAGCAGUGAGUGCCCCCUAGCCUGUUCCAGCUCUCUUCACUGUGCAUCCGGCAUCUGCUCCUCAAAUUCGAAACUUUUGGACUCGUCAGAGGACGUAUUUGAAACUUGGGGAGAGGCUUGUGACUUGCUCAUGCACAAAUGGGGUGAUGGACAGGAAGAACAAGUUACAACUCGGCUCUAAGUCAAAUCCCCAUCAUCUAUUCUGGCAUUCAAGAGAAUAUUUGUAAUUUCCCUGUUCUCAGAGGUGACCCUAAAUAUGGUUCCCUCCCUGUCCCCCCUCCAAGGAGUGAAACUCCUAUUACUUUCGGUCUUUUCUAGCCACAUUCUUCAUGUUUUGUUUCACUGUUAUUAUCAUUUGCCUUUUUAUAUCUAUAAAUACUAAAUCCAUCUAAAAAGCAACUGAAGGGGUACUGCCCCUAAUGAGCAGGGGUGCGGUUGGGUGCUUUAACCCCUUUGCUUUGUUUUGUUCACCCUUGCCUCCUUGAAGCUCCAGGUGCCACUUUGCUACCAUAGCUGCCGCAUAGAUCCCUGACAUGCCUCAGGAUCUCACACCCAUCUCCCCACAGAGCUGAGAGAUAAGGUCAGCAAUCCCUACCAGCUAUCAGAUAAGGCAAAUCAACCUACCUGUCUCCAUUGCUCUUCAGUGCUACGCGCUGCCCAUGCUGGGCCGAUGAACAGCAUUAAAGGGAGACUAGACUCCAAAGAAUUUGUGGUUUCUAGGUAGAACUGGACUUUCUGUUCUGUUUUUAAACACUGCAACUACUAAUUGUGGGAAACGUAGAGGUUUUGUUUCCUAAAUGUGUGUUAGUUUCUUAACCUGUGGCAAUGAGAUAUUUACUGUACAGUGCGUACCACAUAGUAAGUUAGCAAAUUUCCUGUGUUUAUUUCAGUUAACUUACCAUACCUUAAAAUUUGAGAGUAUCAAAACUAGUAUUUAGGAUGUGUACUUUUUUCAAAAAAAAAAAAAAAACUUUUACUGUACUUUAACUAAUAGUUACUACAUCUCAUACAUUGGCAAGAAAAAUAAUUAGUUGGUAUAUUUAUAGGGUCCUAUCUACUGUGGAUAGUUUUAAUCAUCAUUGAUAUAAAAGCAUUUCUAAGAUUAAAGUCUGGAUUUGAAAUAUUUUUAUCAGAAAAAUGACAACUUAUUGAGGUGUUAAAAUUUGGGGGGAAAUACACCUCAACUUAAUUAAUUGCUUUCUGGAAAGAAAACCCAACAGAUACACAUGUAGGUUCAGAUAACCGAAUUGAGGUUGCAGCUGCAGUAUCUCCUGGGAGACAGUGGAAAGCGCAUGUGUGAACUCUUGGAUAUAUAACAUAAUAAUCCUAGUGGAUUUGUAGAACUGUACUUGUGGUCUAAGUUCUGCCUUCCAAGAAAGCUGCAUUUAUACAUUCCAAUUCUUUCCCAUAGGCAAGGAGUACUUAAUCAAAAUAUAAGUUAAAAUGAAGCUAAUGUGCAUAUAGUAAUCAUCUUAGAACUGAGAAUCACAGAACAACAGCUGAACAAACAUGGGUUUACCAACAUAUGCUUGGCUUGUAGAAAUUGACAAUAUCUAUGGCAGAAAAGUUAAAAAAAAAAAGGUUGUUGAGUACCACUUGGUCUUUUUAAAGGUCACCACCACCAAGGACUCCUUCACAUUUUUUUAUGAUGUCUGCUGGAGGUGAAGGGGGGAACUAUUAAACAAUGUAAAUGUGUAAGCUUGCUUUUGACAGUGUAGUUUAUGUCAAACUGAUUUUCCAUCUCUAUCCCUAGCAUUGGUGAAUGAUGGGGAAAGUGUUUCAUGUGGAGAUGAGCCAAAUUAGGGGCAAGGGAGGCAGAAGUGCUGCUGGAUACAACUCAGAUACUCAGAAAAAGGAAUUAGGAGAGUAAGAUCCAUCAGCAUCCAUUUGGCUGGCAAGGGUUUGUUCCAAAAUAAUCUGUCUUAUCUGAAGUGCUCAUUUAUUCAAAUCCAACUGCUGCCCUACUUUACUAAGAGCGACUAUCACAAAUAGCUCUGACACAAAGACAGCUUACUUUCUAAAAGAGGUCUAAAGUCACAAUUUCAACUUUCCCAACUGUAAAUUUUAUUCUUAAUAAAUGGGGCUGGAGAGAUGGCUCAGCAGU